AUGUUUAUGCAGCAACAAGAGCAGCAACCUCAGCAACAGUAUGGAAAUUAUUGGGUGGACUAUCAAGGCAGAAACAAUGUGCAAACAGAUUAUUCUUCUGCACCUAACAUGAUGAAUAAUGAUCAUCAAAGAACUGAUAGUCAAGAAAAUGCAUCGCGGACUUAUGUCUAUCGAGAUAACUAUUCAGGUCCUGAGAAUGGUUGUGAGUAUGUCUAUCACCAAACACAACCACAUAUUUAUGAAAAUGCAAAUUACAAUGUAAAUAAUAAUCAACCUAAUCUCAUCAUGACCCAGAAUUUUGUCAACCAAAAUGAAAUUGUAAAUAGUAACAGUUCUUUGAGAGGAUGUUUGGAGGAAAAUAUUCAUAAGAGAAAAUUCGAUUCAAUAGAUGAAAAAGAUGAAAUCCUUGAAGAUGACGAAGAUCAAUCACCAACAGUAGCAAACAAUGAAUUUGCGAGAGAUGCAAAAAGAGUGAAAAAGAGUCUUAGCUCUAUUUUGGCAAACUUACAGGUUUCCGAAGAGGAUAAACCUCAACCUAAUUCUAAAUGCACACAAUUAAUGUGCUACAAUGAAAAUAUUUCAACUCAAACACCUAAGAUAUUGAACCAACCAACCAUAGAUGAAACUGUGAAUGAUCUCCUUCGUAAAAAAUUACUUUCCUCAAUAAUGGCUCAACCAAAUGGAAAGUACAUUCCAGAUCCAAAAACUGACUUGAAACUUCAAUCCACCAAUGAGGAAGAAGAGGAUGAUAACCAAACAGCAGUUGUUCUUUACCGAGAUGUAAUUGGAAGAGAUGAAGUAUUAAGAAAACUUGCAGGACAACAAAAUGAAAACCCUCAAUCAACAAACCAAAUGUCAGACGAAUAA